AUGGCACCGCAAGCAAUUGCCCAACGACCUCAGCAGCUCAUAAAGCUGCCCCUACCUGACCUUGCUGGAGGGCCUGGAAAUACUAAGUCCUGUGCUUUACACAAGUACUUUGUUGGAUCCAUGGAGGAGUGGCCAAAUUUCGUGGAAGAGGCUCGAGCUGCAGUCCAGCUAGCUGGAAUAACUGGUGAUACACCAGUUAUAUCGUGGACAAGUAGAGUUGCCGCCACGGAGGCAAAUAUCAAUGCUGAACAUGUUGUGGUGGGUGCUGAGUCGGGGGUACAGGGGCGCGUCCAACAAAACAUCGGACAAGCGAUGGGGGCGAUAUGCAAGUCAAUAAAUAUAGAUAUGCGCUUUGCAGACUAUAAGGCGGCCGCGGCCCCAUGGAUUGACAGAAAGGUCCCAGAUAUGAUCUGCAUGACCACUGCCGGUCAUUUAAGGAUUGUUGGAGAGAUCAAAACGCCGUGGGUUAAAGCCCAUAAACUUGCUCGGCUUUUUACUCUUGCUCGGGCAAAGGUUCAACAACUUUUCGGCCAAAUCGCAGAAUACAUGAUGCUGGCCAACAUGCGCUACGGGUUUUUAACCACAUAUGAGGAGACGAUUUUCUUCCGCCAGAUUUUAUCAAAUGGCAGCUGGGGUUUGCAGUACAGCAAACCCAUUAAAAGCAGCACUGCGGCGCAAGAAGCCCCAACCGGUGACUAUGAAGAUCGGGUUUCCGUACGGGAGUGCUUUCUGCACCUGAUACAACUAGCCGAUACAAAUCACAUUGCGGGAAGCCCCCUUCCUAUGGCACAGUGGGUGAGAGCCACUCCUAUUUAA